GGAGGAGGAAGAGGAGGAGGAGGAGGAGGAGGAGGAGGAGGAGUGCCUGGAUGCUGUGCACCGGCCGCCGGCCUCCCUCCGCGGCUCCUCUCCGCCUCGGUGUCUAUAUAAGUUCAGCGGGAUGUGUCGCGGCUGAUGUCCGGGGAGAAGAUGCUUCUUCUCGGUGUGACGCUGCUGCUGCUCGCGGCCGCCGGAGCCGACCCGUCCGGGUCAGCCGCUUCGCUCCGGGGACCGCUUCACGCCUCCGCCCCGCCGCUGCGCCUCCUCCCGCAGCCCGUACCGGAGUACGGAGCUCCCGGCGUCGCCUCGGCCCGGUCGGCAGCGGAGGCGACGGUCGGUACCGGGAAGGAGGAGCGGGAGGCGGCGGAGCAGCAGCAUCACGGCGGCGGGUACCGGGUGGUCCAGUGGGAGUGGAGCUACGUGCAGACGCCCUACAUCAUCGCCAUCUGGCUGCUGGUGGCCAGCGUGGCCAAGAUCCUGUUCCACUUCUCGCAGCGCUUCACCACCGUGGUGCCGGAGAGCUGCAUGCUGAUCCUGCUGGGUCUGGUCCUGGGCGGCGUGGUCCUCCUGGCCAGCAAGAAGCAGCUGUACCAGCUGGACCCCUCCCUCUUCUUCCUCUUCCUGCUGCCGACCAUCGUGGGCGACGCCGGCUACUUCAUGCCGGCUCGACUCUUCUUCGACAACCUGGGAGCCAUCCUGACGUACGCCGUGGUGGGAACGCUGUGGAACGCCUUCUGCACCGGCUUCUGCCUCUACGCCGCCAAGCUGCUGGGCAUCAUAGACGAGCAGGUGAAGGCCGACCUCAUGGACUUCCUGCUCUUCGGCGCCCUGAUCUCGGCUGUGGAUCCGGUGGCGGUUCUGGCGGUGUUUGAGGAGGUCCACAUCAACGAGAUGCUCUUCAUCAUCGUGUUCGGAGAGUCUCUGCUGAAUGACGCCGUCACCGUGGUUCUCUAUAAAGUCUACAUCUCCUUCGUGGAGGUGGGAGUGGAGAACGUCCAGACGGCUGAUUACUUCAAAGGCGUAGCCUCCUUCCUCAUCGUCAGCAUCGGGGGGACUCUGGUCGGCCUGGUCUUCGCCGUCAUCCUCGGCUUCAUCACUCGCUUCACCAAGAAGGUCCGCAUCAUCGAGCCGCUCUUCGUGUUCCUGAUGGUCUACCUGGCCUACCUGACCGCCGAGCUCUUCUCGCUGUCCGCCAUCCUGUCGAUGACCUUCUGUGGCAUCGGAGCCAAUAAAUACGUGGAAGCCAACAUCUCCCAGAAGUCUCGGACCACCGUCAAAUACACGAUGAAGACCCUGGCCAGCAUCGCCGAGACCAUCAUCUUCAUCUUCCUGGGGAUCUCGGCGGUGGACAAGUCCAAAUGGGCCUGGGACACGGGGCUGGUGUCCUGCACCCUGGUCUUCAUCUUUGUUUUCAGAGCAGCGGGUGUGGUCGGCCAGACCUGGGUUCUCAACCGCUUCCGGCUCGUCCCAUUGGACAAGAUCGACCAGGUGGUGAUGUCGUACGGCGGCCUGCGAGGGGCGGUGGCGUUCGCUCUGGUGGUGCUGCUGGACGGCGAGCGGGUCAAGGCCAAAGACUACUUUGUUGCCACGACGAUCGUGGUCGUCUUCUUCACCGUCAUGUUCCAGGGUCUGACCAUCAAGCCUUUGGUGAAGUGGCUGAAGGUUCCUCGCUCCACCAACAGUAAGCCCACCAUCAACGAGGAGAUCCAUGAGCGGGCCUUCGACCACAUCCUGACUGCAGUGGAGGACAUCGCAGGACUUCAAGGGUAUCACCACUGGAGAGACAAGUGGGAGCAGUUUGAUAAGAACUACCUGAGCAAGCUGCUGCUGAGGAAGUCCGUCUACAGGAAGAGCGAGCUGUGGGAGGCCUACCAGAAGAUCAACAUCAGAGACGCCAUCAGCGUCAUCGACCAGGGUGGGAACGUCCUGACUUCAGCCAGGCUGUCUCUGCCUUCGAUGGCCAGCAGAGCCUCGUUCCCUGAAGUCACCAACGUCACCAACUACCUGCGUGAGAACGGCAGCGGCGUGUGUCUGGACCUCCAGGUAAUCGACAAUGUCUCUGGAUCCAAGGUGGAGGAGGACAUGGAGACGCACCACGUCCUGGCAGGGAACUUGUACAAGCCCAGGAGACGGUACCAGUCCCACUACAGCCGACACUUCAUGCCGCUGGGCGAGAAGGAGCGGCAGGACCGCGAGGUCUUCCAGAGGAACAUGAGGAGCCGCAUGGAGACCUUCAAGUCCACCCGACACAAACGGCACAAGAAGGAACGGAGCCUGAAGAAGGUACGCACACACAUCCUUGUUUUGAAAAACAAAAUGUGAUUUAUUGUCCAUAGUGAGCACCAUGCCUUGGCUGUCUUUCAUUUUCAAGCCUUUCUUUGUCCUCAACCUAAACCUAACCUACCUGACACCUUAGUGCUAAACCUAGCCCAGGAACAAGUGAGGGGAAAAGCUC